AUGCCAGUCGAUUUCUCAUCUGCUGCAUCUAUCGCGACCAUCAUCCUUAUUUUCUCGCUGCAGCUGCUAUGCAGUCGUAUGUUCUACGCCACUCGUCACGUUAAGUUGCCUCCUGGUCCGCGUCCCUUACCUCUGCUUGGGAACAUCCUCCGGUUACCCCACGACUUUCAGGAGAAAACGUUCGCCCAGUGGGGUGCACAAUACGGUGACCUCGUCUACGCAUGGUUCUUCCGCACCCCUGCCUUGGUGAUAAAUUCUCUGGAGGCAGCGCAGGAUCUGAUGGAAAGGAGGAGUGCAAAUUACUCUGACAGGCCGCGUUUCGUCUACAUGGGCGAGCUGAUGGGCUGGAAAGCCAUCUUCACACUUAUGUCUACGGAUACGCACUUUCGGAGGCAUCGAAAGUGGAUGCAGAAUGCAUUUCAAGAUAAGGCAGCGCUGUUUCGUUAUCGGCCUGUGCAGCAAAGGGAGGUAUUCGUCCUACUAGCAGGGUUGUUGGCCGCCCCGGAGCGUUAUUCCGCUCAGUUCAGAAGGUUCGCCGCCGCCACCAUUGUAGAAAUAGCGUACGGGCACACCGUCAAAAGUGAUGAUGACGAAUACGUCCGCAUGGCGGAGAGGGCAUUGAUAGAAGUGACGACUCAUGGGAGUCCUGGAGGGACAUUACUUGAUCUCUUACCUGCCUUGAAAUACUGGCCCUCUCGGCUUCCAGGAGGCUCUAUGAAGCGGCGAGCCAUCAAUGCUAGCAAACUGGUGAGCGAGAUGCUAGAUGCUCCGUUCGCAAUGGUUAAACAAGCGAUGGCUUCUGGGACUGCCUCACCAUCCUUCGCAUCAAAUCUCCUCCAGGAAGUAUCCAGUGAGAGGCCGCUCACGAAACAGGACGACGAAGACAUCAAAGGGGUCACCGGUGUUCUAUAUGGAGCUGCUGUUGAUACGACGGCUGCAUCGCUGGAAGUGUUUCUGCUCGCGAUGGUUCUGAACCCCGCCGUAUACAAAAAGGCCCAGGCAGAAAUUGACCGAAUUGUUGGGAAAGAGCGUCUUCCAGAAUUCGAUGACCGUCCCUCGCUUCCCUAUAUAGAAUGCCUGAUCAAGGAAACGUACCGUUGGCACACUGUCGUUCCUUUAGGUCUACCGCACAAGUCGAUCUCCAGGGACAGUUAUCGUGGAUACGAUAUCAUGGCAGGGUCCACGAUCAUUCCAAACAUCUGGGCAAUCUCGCGGGAUCCGACAAUGUAUCCUGAGCCGGAUACCUUCCGCCCUGAACGUUUCGAGGAGGACGGUGUCGUCAAUCCGUGGAAGUUCGUAUUUGGCUUUGGACGCCGCAUUUGUCCUGGCCGAUACAUCGCGGACAGAAGCGUAUGGCUUGCCAUUGCAAACAUCGUAGCGGCAUUCGAUAUCAUCAAGGUUCAAGACAAUAAAGGACUGGAUGUCGUUCCUCGGCGAGCCUUCACGUCCGGAUUCACAAGCCAUCCUGUUGAUUUUCAAUGCACCAUCAAACCAAGGACCGACAAAGUUCGCUCUCUGAUCGCCCAAAUGAGCGAGGGGCUCAGCGUUUGA